UUCUCUCCUCGUCGAACCUGGAGACAGGCUUGGCUGAUUGCAAGCUGGGAUGCAGUAGCGCUGGGAAUGGAUGAUGGGCGACCACUGACUGCACACAGAUGACACCAUGAACCCCGCCGCAAGCGGCGCUGCCGACUCUCGACAGGCAGACAAUAGCAACAAAAAGCAGCACCGGGCUUCAUCUCCGGGUAGAUUCAGAGACACCACGUCCAAGUCUGCCACCAAAAGCCCGACAACAGCCAAACCUGUCGCGUCAAAGCAAAGUGGGAAGACCAGCCGAGGUAGCUCUCCGGUCACGGUGCCCGGUGGCAAGGACAAACAAUCUGGGAAAGGCGCGGCAGCUGUCCACCCUAGUGGUGCUGAAAGUCCCACUUUGAAAAGGGCGGAGGCGAGCAAGAAAAUCGAACAGCGUAGUAACUCGUCGGAUGAUCCUAAUGUCUCAGAACCGAGCUCUUUAAAGGGAGAGACGAACCGUGUCGUUUCUGAUCAACCGUGUUCAUCAAAAACCUCCCAAGCAAAAGGUAAAAAUCAGAAAGCAGAGACAGCGGCAAGCAGCAGCAAACAGCAAACGACCAAGAAUACUGGAGGGUGUGGACCAGGCUUUUGGAGAGACGGAUGCUUACAGUCUGAAUUGAUACAGUAUCAUCUCAACAAAAGCUUGAAAAACGGAGGAAAGAUGCACACAAAGACGUCAACCACGGUUGCGGAACCAGAGCAGUUACCAGCACCAGCAGAGCCGAUCCCUACGCAGAACCAGGAAAUGCUGGAUGAAAUCGAGAAACUGGUGGAGGAAAAUGAGGACCUCAAGUGUGAUAUUGAAGAGAUGCGCACGGAAAUGGAUGAAAUGCGAGACACAUUUUACGAGGAGGAUGCGUGUCAGCUGCAAGACAUGAGACGCGAGCUGGAGAGAGCCAAUAAGAACUGCAGGAUCCUCCAGUACCGCUUGCGGAAGGCCGAGAGGAAGCGGCUGCGUUACGCACAGACCGGCGAAAUAGAUGGCGAUCUGCUCAGGAGCUUGGAGCAGGAUUUAAAGGUGGCGAAGGAUGUGUCUGUGAGACUGCACAAUGAGCUGGAGAAUGUGGAGGAGAAACGGACAAAAACAGAGGAGGAGAACGAGCGACUCAGGCAGCAGCUCAUCGAAGUGGAAGUCACCAAGCAGGCCUUACAGAAUGAACUGGACAAGGCCAAAGAGCUUAAACGCAAAGGGGGAAAAGAUAAACACACAGCUGAUAAGAGGACUCCACAUACACCAACAGAGGAGGAAAAUGAUGAUCUGAAGUGUCAACUGGCCUUCAUCAAGGAGGAAGCUGUACUGAUGAGAAAGAAGAUGGCGAAGAUCGACAAAGAGAAGGACCGUCUGGAGCAAGAGCUUCAGAAGUACCGCUCCUUCUACGGAGACGUGGACAGCCCUCUCCCCAAAGGGGAAGCCGGGGGACCUCCGACCACCCGCGAGUCCGAACUGAAACUGCGCCUCCGUCUGGUGGAGGAGGAGGCCAACAUCCUGGGCCGCAAGAUCGUGGAGCUGGAGGUGGAGAACCGCGGCCUGAAGGCCGAGCUGGAGAACAUGCGCGGGGAGGAGCUGGGCGCGAGCGGCCUGGCCGACCCGGUCAUGCGCGAGCAGAGCGAGGCUCUGUCCGAUCUCCGUCAGCAGCUGCAGCUGGUGGAGGACGAGGCCGAGCUUCUGCGCCGCAACCUGGCCGACAUGGAGGAGCAGAACCAGCGCGUCACCACCGAGCUCAACAAGCUCAAGUACAAGGCCGGCUCGCACGAGAGCUCCCGCCACGGGGCGUCCGGCGGAGGAGGGGCGGCGGCGUCCGCCGCGGACGCGGCCAAGAUGGAGGCUCUGCAGGAGGAGCUGAAGUCCGCCCGGCUGCAGAUCAACGAGCUGAGCGGCAAGGUGAUGCAGCUGCAGUACGAGAACCGCGUGCUGCUGUCCAACAUGCAGCGCUACGACCUCGCCUCGCACCUGGGCGUCCGCGCCAGCCCGCGGGACAGCGACGCCGACAGCGACAGCGGGCGCCGCGAGAGCGACGACGACUCGUCGCGCCUGCCACCGCACCGCAAGCGCGAGGGCCCCAUCGGCGGCGAGAGCGACUCGGAGGAGGUGCGCAACAUCCGCUGCCUCACGCCCACGCGCUCCCUCUACUCGCCCGAGAGCCGUUUUUUAGCCCGCAGCCUUAAGGACCGCCAGCAGAUGAUGGACAUCCGCUUGGAAGCAGAGAGGCUCAGCAGGACCAUCGACCGGCUCAUCGCGGACACCAGCACCAUCAUCGCUGAGGCCCGCGUUUACGUGACCAACGGAGACCUGUACGGACGCAUGGACGAGGACGACGACGGCAGCCGCAUCCGCGAACACGAGCUCCUGUACCGCAUCAAUGCCCAGAUGAAGGCCUUCAGGAAGGAGCUCCAGAACUUCAUUGACCGCCUGGAGGUGCCAAAGCCAGAGGACAGGGAAGCAGAAGAGCCUCUGUCUAUGUUCCAACCUAUUAUUUUGCUUAUCCUUAUACUUGUUUUAUUCUCCUCACUUUCCUAUGCCACCAUCUUCAAAUUAGUCUUUCUUUUCACCCUUUUCUUUAUGUGGAAUGCGUUUGGAAAUGGGUCAGGGUUGCACGGAGGUGGCAGUGGAUAUGUGGGCAAAGCACAAGGUUGGGAAUUCGUCCCGUGCUCCAGGUUGGAGAGAGAGAGGGGCAGAGGCAAAAGUCCGCUCAGGACUCUCUCGCCGUCGAUUCCCGUCGGUCAUUUUUUCGAACAGCCCUUUCCUGGACUCGGAGCGGCCGGGGCAUCCGAUUCUACUCGGGGGCAGGUCCCCCGGAAUGAGUUGCAGACUCAACACACUCGCCUGAAAAAGAAAAUUGAGGACUUAAAAAAGCGGCAUGGGCAGGACAAAGAAGAAUGGAUGAGGGAGAAGGAAGUACUUUUGAGGCAAAUGGCUGAUAUACAAGGAGGGGAAAACAGAAGGAUUUUGUUGGAUCUGAAGUCGAUUUUGGAUGAAGUUCAGCUUGAAGUGAAGAAAGAAGAAACGAAACGGAGCGAGCUGCAGUUGCAGUACAUGAAGGACCGAUGCGCCUGGGAACUAGAGCGAGCAGAGUUGAAAUGCCGUAUCGCGCAGUUGGAAGUUAAGGAGCACGGCUCUUCGGCGGAGGUGCAGACGAAGGCGAAGACUAACGAGGAGCCCGGCGGCGGCGGCGUUGGCAGCGGCACGCUUCGGCGGGAGCAGCAGGAGCAGAAGAGGCUGCUGGCCGACACGCACACGGUGGCGAUGGACCUGCGCUGCCGCCUGGAGCAUAACGAGCGCGGCUGGGUGCGCGAGCGCUCCGAACUGCUGGAGCGCUUCGACCUGGAGAGGAAGGAGUGGGAGAGCCAACUCAGGGGCAUGCAGCUGAAGAUCGAGGAGUUGUACAGCGAGGUGAAGUCCCGCCGAGAGCCGGGCGACGUCGGGCCGAACGCCGAGGCUCACAGCUCGGCCCGCCACAGCCUGCAGUCGGCCAGCACGGGCUCCAGCGUCCUCACCGACCCCUCGGACGCGCACAGCAGCAGCUUCUCCGACUCUCCGCAUCAGCACAGCCAGAGCCGCGGGGGUGGCGGAGGAGGCGACCUGUCAGGUCGCCUUAGCAACAUCCGCAGCAGCAGCAACAACAACAGCAGCAGCAGCAGCAGCAGCAACAGCAGAAGGGACGGAGGGAUACAGGCCAGGGCCCGUGGUGAGGCCAAGGCUGGCGAGCGGCGCGCGCCCACAUCCGUGGAGCGGCCGGAGAUUGACAUGGUCAUUGACACUGGCGAGCUGGAGGGCAUCUUGCAGGGCUGUCUGGGACAGAGGCUGGACAGACACGCCUCCCUGGCCGGGAAGGAUGGCCUCCUUAACCCCUUCAGCGACCUGCAGAGCAUGGAGAUCCGUUGUGGGACCGAGAAGAAAAAGAACGCUAUCGCCUUGAAUGCUGCUCUCAACGAAAUAGCCAGAGUGAGUGAAGAGUUGUGCAGCUACCAGGAUGAGAUCAGGAGGAAGUCUGAUGUGAAAAGAAGCCACGCUGAAUCGCUGUACUUUCCAGAGGACUUGGAGAGGAUGGAGAAUGAGAGGAACAAAAUGGAAAUGGAGGCAACCUUCUUCAGCCUUAACCAGUGGUGUAAGGAACUAGAGGAUAUUGAUGAACAGAGUUGGAUUACUCCUAAAGCCGCUAUCAAGGAGACAAACAUAAUAGAACCAGAAAUCAGCAUCCCCCCGAUGAAAUCACCUGAGGCCCCACCGGUUCCACCUCGUAGCACGUCCUGGUACAUGAACAGUCCCCCUCCGCUAGAACCGGAGUUCAGUGUCCCAGAGCCCCACAUGGAGAGGAAGUGUCCGAGUCCGUGUAUCCACUUGGACAGGAAGUGCAACAGCCCCUCCAUUGUGCGCAAGUUUGAGGCAAUGCUGCAGGAGAAUGAGGGGAAGAUCUUGACAGAAUCUGGGAUCAUCCCAUGUGCAGUGCCUGCUGAUUCCAAGUGCAAUAUCAGUUGCUGCCACAGCCGGUGGUCCUGCGAUGGAAGCAGGUUUGGCAGCAGCAAGUCGUCCACAUACGUGCCUGUCCAGAAAUGCCUGUCAGAGCUAAACAUACCGUCAACGGGAGUGGACUACCGCCAAGACCACAGAGCGGCCGGGACCCAAAAAGGCCCUGGGGAACAUCUCAGCCCACUGGGUCCAGAUAUCCCUGGAAAGGGGAUCCACGGGGACAUAAGGCUGCCCGCUUUAGACAUACUCCCCACCCAGGGCAGUGCCUUAGCCCCUCGCAGGAAUGUGACACUGGAGCAGAAGACCGCCGAGUUCAACCGGACUCUCUUCCAGUCCGAGAGGGGCCGUGGCUCUGGUAACAAGGACGGCCUCAACCCCACCGACGUGACCGCGAGUCCCACCCCACAGCCGCAGCCAAAGGUCAAACCCAGGGAGGUGAAAGUUGACAUUAUGCCACUGUCCCAUGACACGGAGGUCAAGCCCAAAGACGGGCCCGUAACAACAGGACGUCGCAGUGAGGUGAAAUACCCCAAGUCACACUGCGCAGAGUUGGAGCUGGAGGAGGCUGCGUUUGAGCCAUUGCAGUACCACGAGGCCACCCUGAAGCAGGUGGCUUCGGAGCUCCUGCCGCAGUACCCUGUGGUGAGAGUCAGGGACAUGAUUCACCCCUCGACCCGAAACCCACCUGAGACCAAGCCGAGGUCCGCGGUGCUGGAGCGCCCCGCAGAGGGCACGCACGAGAGAGAGGUGAACUCUUUCUCUCCUGAGCCGAGUGUGACCACCACGACACAGUUUAGUGUGACUGUGACCCCCAUCCAGUCCAGAAACAAGGUCGAGGCGCCCAGUGCUGCGUCGGCAGGGGCGGCCCAACGCCCCUCGGACGCCAGGCCCAAGCCCACGGAGAGUGCCAAGCCGGAGGUGUCCAAAACCAGGUCGCGGAUCCUGAUCGAAAACCCCUGGAAGCCCACCACCCUGGCCGCGUACCCCCGGCCCGUGGACUCCCGGUCCAAUUAUGGCGCCAUCGAGCGGAUUUUGAAGAGCUACGAGUGCUCGUCACAGACUCAGACGGUGACUGUGCCGGUACCGGCCACGCCCACGCCCACGCCCAGCCCCGGGAAGGAAGACGACCUCAUCGAGCUCAUGGACAUGCUGGACAUGGAGCAUCACGCCAGGUCCGGUCAGAGACUCACACACACAACGCAAAGACAGGCAACUACGCACAAAGAGACACAUGUGACAGUACAGAAAAGCAGAGAGUCCGGUGUGACCUCCAGGAGGAGUUUCUCCCGGCCGGCGUGCCCCGCCAACCGUCGACUCCCUUCACGUUGGGCGAGUCGCUCUCCGUCUGCGUCGUCCACAUCCUCCUCUUCCACCUCACCUUCGCCGAUUACCCAGCUGUCCGUAGUGUCCACUCAGAAGCAGACCUUCUCCUACGCCGCCUUCCACACCGAGACGGUCAUCCUCUGACUCAAACACACUGCUGAAAAACAAACAUGCAAACGAACAAAGACUGCCCAAGCACUGAGCAAGAAGCUUUCCAAAAACUCUAAAUGCACCUCUCUGCCCCCCUUCCCUGCCUACCUUUGUAUAUAAGGCCGAGCAAAAGACUGUUACUGCAACGCUAUGGAAAUGACUCCUUCAGGAGUGUCUCUGUAUCGAACUCAGCUGUCGUACCUGACAUGAUUUUUGUUUCUUUUUACAAAAACAGUUUUUAAAGAAAUUCCUGUGUAUUUUUGUUUUCUUUUAAUUCAAUUAAUGUAUGUUUCCUGUUCAUUGCAUUUACCAAAGGCUUGUAAUUACAAACAGUAAUGUUACAUCAACCUUUUUUUUUCAGUGUUGGGUUUAUUUGUGACAGACCUGCUGUGUAUUUUCCCAAUGGCUCAGUUAGACUCCAGCCCUUUGUGGGGCGCUGUGACUGUGUUUAAGACUAUCUGCAGUUUCUGUGAUCUGUGUUAAAGCCUUUUCAAUGACGCCUUCUUUUAUGAACUCUUCCCAGAUUGGUGUCCGUAAGACACAGUAAUCGAAUAGUAAUGGCCUACAUGCUCAGUAAAUAUUGUGAAACAUAUCACAAAAGUGAUGCCUUUGCAACCCUUUUAUGGUAAUAAAUAUU